AUGUGCUCCCCCAUGCUGCACCAUGUGCUCCCCCAUGCUGCACUAUGUGCUCCCCCAUGCUGCACCAUGUGCUCCCCCAUGCUGCACCCUGCUCCCCCCAUGCUGCAUCCUGCUGCCCCCAUGCUGCACCAUGUGCUCCCCCAUGCUGCACCAUGUGCUCACCCAUGCUGCACCAUGUGCUCCCCCAUGCUGCACCAUGUGCUCCCCCAUGCUGCACCAUGUGCUCCCCCCAUGCUGCACCCUGCUCCACCCAUGCUGCACCAUGUGCUCCCACCAUGCUGUACCAUGUGCUCCCCCAUGCUGCACCAUGUGCUCCCCCAUGCUGCACCAUGUGCUCCACCCAUGCUGCACCAUGUGCUCCACCCAUGCUGCACCAUGUGCUCCCACCAUGCUGCACCAUGUGCUCCACCCAUGCUGUACCAUGUGCUCCACCCAUGCUGCACCAUGUGCUCCCACCAUGCUGUACCAUGUGCUCCACCCAUGCUGCACCAUGUGCUCCACCCAUGCUGUACCAUGUGCUCCACCCAUGCUGUACCAUGUGCUCCCCCAUGCUGCACCAUGUGCUCCACCCAUGCUGCACCAUGUGCUCCACCCAUGCUGCACCAUGUGCUCCACCCAUGCUGCACCAUGUGCUCCACCCAUGCUGUACCAUGUGCUCCACCCAUGCUGUACCAUGUGCUCCACCCAUGCUGCACCAUGUUCUCCACCCAUGCUGUACCAUGUGCUCCACCCAUGCUGCACCAUGUGCUCCACCCAUGCUGUACCAUGUGCUCCACCCAUGCUGUACCAUGUGCUCCACCCAUGAUGUACCAUGUGCUCCACCCAUGCUGCACCAUGUGCUCCCACCAUGCUGUACCAUGUGCUCCCACCAUGCUGUACCAUGUGCUCCCCCCAUGCUGCACCACGCCAGUUUAG